AUGAGCAUCCCGGUCCCGGUCCUGCUCACCUUCCUGGCGCUGUCAGCCUGCCAGGGCCACACGGCCGCUCUGCUGCAGACCUCCAACCUUCUGAAGGAGAGCAUCAGGCUGGUGAGCGAGAUCCUGGAGACGAAGGUUUCCUGUGACAAGAUGAACGUGACAAGUAUUUUUGCAGGCGAUAAGAAAGAAAACGAUAUGGAGAUCCUAUGCAAAGCCACCACAGUCGCUUGGGAGGGCCGGAGCUGCCACAGGCACCUGGAGGGCGUUUACCUCAACCUGCUCAGUCUCGUCCGAAGGAAAAGCACAGUCCACAAGGCACCGUGUCCCGUGGCAGCAGGCAACACUACUUCACUGAAUGAUUUCCUAGUGAACUUACGCAGAGUCCUCCAACGAUUAGUAAAAGACUAG